UCGUCCCCGGCGUUUGAUACUAAUCAAAAGACAUUAGAGCGUACUUCUGAUAUUUACGUACCAGCUCAGUUUGACCGCGAUUUCGCGAAGUGGCCAUCCUUCCAGAUACUGCCUCCUAUGACCUUCGCCAUGUCCCGAAACAGCCUCAGAUGGAUAGACAUUCUAAUGGUCUGGAGUAUCACCUUGACUUGUAUUCAUCUCGUCGGAGCUGACCACAAGGACGUGGGAUUUAUCAGCGCAUUGACAGUAGACCCAGCCGAUAUCCAGCAAAAAGUUGGUUUUAAACCUCAAAUCGCACAAGUCACAGUCGAUUCUAGCGUUUUUAUACUACUGGUUUGGUUCACUUGCUCCAUCUGCUGCCUGUUCGGAAGAGCUAAGUAUGUGGUAACGCCCAGUGACCAGGAUGACAGCUUAGGUAGUCGAGUGUGUCGGAUUGUGUGUCCCGUUUGUUCACUCUGUAUGUCACCCGAUUGUUAA